GGCACCUAAGAGAAGACAGAUGAUGGCCAAUCCUGGACCGUGCGAGACCGAAGGAUUAGAACACGAAGUCCCGCUUCGUCGUACAGUACUUGUCCAAGCGUCAGAGUUCCAAAACUCAACUUGGAUCCGUCUAUGCCUCAUCAUCGGCUUCGAGACUUGUACAACGCCAGCGGUCUCACGAAGGGCAUCACCGCCACAGUCCACUGACUACGCUAGCUACGGGCGAGGAAUCGUCUCAUCAUCCUGCCAUUGGGCCUCCACGCGCGGCCAUGAAUGUCCCCGACUUCAAGCAGCGCCCCGAAGAGGAAUACCGUCAACUGCGCGCAAUAACCAUCCUCGCCUUCUUAAUCGCCGUGGCCACGCUUCUCCCUCACGGAGCGAUCACCGAGAGAUCUCUACCAGCUAUUGGAAUAGCGCCAAUGUUCUUCUCCGCUACGACGGGGACCCUCAUUUUCGCCGGAAUGCUCAAGGUUCCCAGGACAAAGGCGGGAAUAGACCUCAUGCUGGCUGUCUUGUUGUUCGUAAUUUUGGUGCCCAGGCACUUAUGGGACGUCCACGAUGA